CCCACGCCUCUCCUCGCAGCAAUCGAAAUUCCCCGUCCUCAAAUCGACCUAGCUAGCGAAUCCCUCCGUCCCCGCAGCCUCACCCCCACAGCAUCGAUGGCGCCCAAGGCGGAGAAGAAGCCGGCGGCGAAGAAGCCCGCGGAGGAGGAGCCCGCGGCCGAGAAGGCCCCGGCGGGGAAGAAGCCCAAGGCGGAGAAGCGCCUCCCCGCGGGCAAGUCUGCCGGCAAGGAGGGCGGCGACAAGAAGGGCAAGAAGAAGGCCAAGAAGUCGGUGGAGACCUACAAGAUCUACAUCUUCAAGGUGCUCAAGCAGGUGCACCCCGACAUCGGCAUCUCCUCCAAGGCCAUGUCCAUCAUGAACUCCUUCAUCAACGACAUCUUCGAGAAGCUCGCCGGCGAGGCCGCCAAGCUCGCCCGCUACAACAAGAAGCCCACCAUCACCUCCAGGGAGAUCCAGACGUCGGUGCGCCUCGUCCUCCCAGGCGAGCUCGCCAAGCACGCCGUGUCCGAGGGCACCAAGGCCGUUACCAAAAAGCCCAAGGCGGAGAAGCGCCUCCCGGCGGGCAAGUCGGCCGGCAAGGAGGGGGGCGACAAGAAGGGCAAGAAGAAGGCUAAGAAGUCGGUGGAGACCUACAAGAUCUACAUCUUCAAGGUGCUGAAGCAGGUCCACCCCGACACCGGCAUCUCCUCCAAGGCCAUGUCCAUCAUGAAUUCCUUCAUCAACGAUAUCUUCGAGAAGCUCGCCGGCGAAGCCGCCAAGCUCGCGCGCUACAACAAAAAGCCCACCAUCACCUCCAGGGAGAUCCAGACCUCCGUCCGCCUCGUCCUCCCCGGCGAGCUCGCCAAGCACGCCGUCUCCGAGGGCACCAAGGCCGUUACCAAGUUCACCUCAUCUUAGGUUGGUGGCAGUAGCUACUGGGUGGCGUUGGUAGAUGUCGCCCAGUUUAUCUAGUACUGAUAGUGGUAGCAGUAGUGGUUGGAUGUUGGAGCUGGGAAUGGAUUGAUGGUCUGGGUGCAGUUGGGUUUUGGUAAGAAUUGUGGUGAACUUUUGGUGCUUUUGGAAUUACUGUUUAUGAUCUUCAUUAGUCGCGGUGGUUGUUCUACAUUCGAUUUCUGGCAGGAUGCGAUGCUAUUACCCUGUAACUAUCAUAUUGCUGGCAAUGAAAUGAUAAUUGUAUGUGAACAACUAUAUACCAAA